GCGCAGGCUCGCACUUCGGCGUUGGUGCUGGGAGUCUCGUGGACGCGGCGCCGUUACUUGCAUUCGGUCGGCGGCACAGGCGGCGGUGGCAGCGGCACAACGCUCAGCGCACACCGCGCCGUAGCAGCAGAACAGCAGCAGCAGCGGAGGCACCCUGCCGUCACAGCCCCUGCGCUGGUGCAGCCACCCUCGAUCCCUCUGCUCUUCCACCCUUCGCUCGCACCAUGGCUGAUCAGCUGACCGAAGAACAGAUUGCGGAAUUCAAGGAAGCUUUCUCCCUAUUUGACAAAGAUGGUGAUGGCACCAUUACAACAAAGGAACUUGGAACUGUCAUGAGGUCACUGGGUCAGAACCCAACAGAAGCUGAAUUGCAGGAUAUGAUCAAUGAGGUGGAUGCUGACGGCAAUGGCACCAUUGACUUCCCAGAGUUUUUGACUAUGAUGGCUAGAAAAAUGAAAGACACAGACAGUGAAGAAGAAAUCCGCGAGGCAUUCCGAGUCUUUGACAAGGAUGGCAAUGGUUACAUCAGUGCGGCGGAACUACGUCACGUCAUGACAAACUUAGGAGAAAAACUAACAGAUGAAGAAGUAGAUGAAAUGAUCAGAGAAGCAGAUAUCGAUGGAGAUGGACAAGUCAACUAUGAAGAAUUCGUACAGAUGAUGACUGCAAAAUGAAGACCUACUUUCAACUCCUUUUCCCCCCUCUAGAAGAAUCAAAUUGAAUCUUUUACUUACCUCUUGCAAAAAAAAAAAAUCAUUUACUCAUUCUGUUUCUAUAUAGCAAAACUGAAUGUCAAAAGUACCUUCUGUCCACACACACAAACAAAUCUGCAUGUAUUGGUUGGUGGUCCUGUCCCCUAAAGAUCAAGCUACACAUCCGUUUUACAGUAUCAAUACUUGUACUACCUUAACGAUAGGGAAGACGUAGCGGGCUCCUUGCAGUUCCAUUUGCUAACGAUUAACACACUGUUUGGGCUGGCCAGUUUUUCAUGCAUGCAGCUUGACAAUUGAGCACAGUCAGGCAUUUGUAUUAAAAACGAAAAAUGAAAAAAACAACUUCAAAACCUAUUCAAAUGGGUUCUAGGUUCAGUCUGUUAGUAUAAAUGGUCAUCGCUGGUUUCGUGAAAGCAAACAUUUUAGAAUUGGUUUACCUCAGGAUGUGUGUAGAAACAUGGGUGAAGGAUAAACUGUCUAGACGCAGCCCCACUAACAGGAUGGGCCUCUUGUCCUUCUGUGGGCCCCGACCCGUGGUGACGGUGACACACCCUGGUGGCAUGGCCACGUGUGUGGGUUUAGCGUUGUCUGCAUUGUACUAGAGCGCAGUGGGUAGCAGGCUGUCACCGGUCACACAAAUUUUUAAAGACCCUUUCCCCAAGGGAGCAUCUUUGGACUCUCUGUUUUUAAAACCUUCUGAACCAUGACUUGGAGCCAGCAGAGGUAGGCUGUGGCUGUGGACAUCAGCACAACCAUCAACAUUGCUGUUCAAGAAAUUACAAUUUACGUCCAUUCCAAGUUGUAAAUGCUAGUCUUUUUAUUUUAUUUUUUUCCAAUAAAAAGACCAUUAACUUAAAGUGGUGUUAAAUGCUUUGUAAAGCUGAGGUCUAAAUGGGGACAAGGCACCUCUAAAGGCUCCCAGCCCAGCAGUGGGUUUCUCUUCCUAUCUCCUUCCCUCCUCCCCUCCCUCCCCUCCCCCAUAUCCAAGCACCAACCUGUGAGCCUGAGACCUCGCCUGAAACCAGGCAGAUACCGACCGCUUCGUCGUGUUUGUGGACAUGCAGGUCUGUUGUAUUUUCACUGGGGGGAGGGGGAGAGUGAAUCAUGGCAACUUAAUGAUUAUUCAGGCAGUAGAGCUCUUAGCGAAAAAAAAACCACUUUCUCUCAAGCAUGUAUUUAGGGGUUCUCACUUGUGCUGCUGAUGACCUGUUUUAUGUAACUACUUGAGACCAUCUGUGCAGGAGACAUGAUUUAGUGUGUCUGUAAUUCAACCUUCGCUGUGUGUGGUAGAAGCAGUAGUCACUUUUCUAAGCCAGUCUCUUCAUGCCUAAAGGACACUACCAGUCACCUUGUUGAUUCACGAUUUUUAAUUGAGGAUUAUACUGAACCUUAGCCUCCUUUUUACUUUGUUUUUGGUUUUUUAAGUUGACUUGACUU